UCUUGUGUCCACCGCGCGCAGAGCACGGUACCUUGUGAGAGGAAAUCCCAUCCUGCGAGUUUUUCUCAGUGUCGAUUGUCGUCUGAUUAUUCAGUUAAAUACACCCAAAGGCUCUUUUAAGAGCCCAGCACAGAACGUUUUUGGCUUUUGUCAAUUGUCGUCUGAUUAUUCAGUUAAAUACACCCAAAGACUCGUUUAAAAGCCCAGCACAGAACGUUUUUGGCUUUGUAAGUAUAUGUAUGACUAACAAUCAGACAUAUUUGGGUUUCUUUAAAUAACUGAAGAUUUUUUUUUCUUCUUUAAAAUGCAUCCUGCAUCUAUGAUUUGUCAUGUUCAUCAUAACCUUAGUCAAAAACCACUGAUGAAACUGAAUGCAUUUUAAAUCAUAUUCAGACAUUUCUACUUUCUCUCCCCUUUCCUUGUGUCAACAGCAGCUACGCAAGUCAUCUUAGACUUUCAGUCUCUUGACCCAUCAGUGCCAAAGCUUCAGCAAGCACUGUGUGCUCAGCUGCUCUGGUCUCCACAGUUCAGGGAAAGAUGGACACAAAAAAAUAUGCAGUGGUGGAAUUUACAGAGGACAGUGCAGUGGAACUAGUCCCAACCUCGUGGUUGGAAGAGACCAAAGAGGGAACGUUCUGUUACUGGACAUUUGGAAACAUAAGGCAGCUUGUAAAAAACUGCACAAUGCCAGACAAAGGAAAGUGGAGGCGGUGUCUAAUAAAAAAAAUCUGGCUAAGAACAGACUCAUACACCAAAGGUGUCCAGAAAUGCCGGCGUGUUGUGGAGACCUCAAAUAUUGAAACAGAGGAAAGCUCCACAACGAAAAAAAAGAGGGCACACAAAAAGCCAACAAGAUAUCUGUCUGAAACAGAUUCCUCCUCAGAUGAUGAUAGCAGAGUUUUCCCAACUGAGAAUAAAACCCUUUCAAAACCUCUUCCACCCAAAUAUAAGCCAUUCUCCAAUUUUCAGCCUCUGGACAAUGCAGAAGCAUCACCGCCAGCAUCCCGGCUAUCGUGUAUGGCACAACCCCUUCAAGCUGCCUCACAGCUCCUCUUAGAAGAGCCCCAGUGUUCUUCAGAAGCAGCAACAAAGAACUAUCGCACAAAAGUCUUGCAAAAACUGCAAGACAUUGCAGAAACCCAGCAAGACAUCUUAGCGAUGCAAAGAAGCAUACUGGCUGCUGUUGCUGGGACGGUGACAGUGACUGAGGAAGGGGGGGACAUCCUGGAAAAUGGACCAUGCCAGACUGUGGAUGAGCUGAAUACGCUAAACACAGAACUGGGAAAUAAGGACAAAAGGACCAAGCUGGUAAUACAUAAGUCACUUAAAUGUACAACUAUCUUUCGUAAGGUUGGUUAGGACCACUCUUAGCUGUACCUUAUCACUGUUGACAGUCUAUACGAAUAUAAUUCUGAAGCUGUAAUACACCCAGUGUUAGAUUAGAAUUAUGGCAAAAAAAU